GACCUCCCAAUUUCUGCUAUUCUGCGAACUUCUAGCAGCAACUACUACUAAAUUUGUUGGUGAGACGUCUCUCAACUGAAACGCAGUCGCCUCGGUUCGUGAUCCCGUUUUCAUAACUACUUCACAAACCGUUUCUACUCUUCCCAAGUCUAAUGGGAUAGCAAGCGGAUCAUCGUUAUUUCACCGGGUACCCUUUUCACGUGUAACCCUAAUUUUUUUUUAUCUUGCCAGGAUUCGCGAGACGUCGCGCGUCAUUCUCGAAUCUUCGCAAUGAACCUUAAAAAGAUCCUCCAGGCCGCUUUAGGGGUCGUCAUCAUCCUCGUUAUAUUCGUCUUCGUUAGAGAACUCGCCCGCGAAACCGCCGGCGGCCGAUCAACCACUUAUUCCUCUAAUUCUCCCGCCAAUACCCCACGUAAAGAGUCCCCGCAUGAGAUUAUAGAGCAACUUAAAGAGCAGGUAGCGGGUCGCGACGCGGAAAACACGGAGAUGCAAGAUCUGGAACAGGAGAUCCAACGGCUGAAACAAGACAUCAGGGUUCUAUCGAGCGACGGAGGGCUCCCCACCGGAGCGCACUUAACGGCGUCGGAUUUAAAGACAGCAGCAGAUGUAGGGGUGGAUGCGACUGCCAUAUGCGAGCAGCAGGUAUUCCAGUGUAAGAGGCAGCAGCUGGAAGGUCGCUCCCUAUUGGCUAGUAACGCCCCCGAGGAAGGCGGCUCCGCUUCCGCGCCAGCGGGGGGCGCGGGGGGUGCGGUUGCGCCCGCGGAUGGCGCAGGAGGAGGGGGGGGUUCGGGGGGAGGGGGGGGAGCGGCGGACGGGGAUUCCAGCGCCGUGCCGCCGGUCUCCCCCGCAGUGGCGGAGCUCCAGCGGAAGCUGGCGGAUUUACGGACGGCGUACGAUGCGAUGAUGAUUGACAAGCGCAAUCUGACGGCUGAGCUCGCUCGGCUGUCCCACAACGGCACGUGCGGACCGUUGGUGAAUUUAACCAUGGUGGAAGGAGCGGCUCAGGAGUUAGCGUCAGAAUGUGCCAGUGCUGCUAGGAAAGAGACGGAAGCUGAAAUGCAGAUCGUAACUGGGGGAGGCGGGGUUGGGGGUGGGGACGGAGGAGGGGGAGGAGGGGGAGGGGGAGAAGGGGGGGGGGGAGGAGGAGAAAGUGGAAAGAAAUUGUCUCCAAAUGAGGAGAAACUGGCGACGUUUCGGACGUGUAACGGUUCGGAUGCGGAGUUGCAACUGUACAUGAACUACACCGCCAGGCGUGCUUGCCCGGACGACUGGCUACUAGCCCAACGGCUCAUGUUCGACAAGAACUGCUUCUGCUUGCCCCGGCGCCUCUGCUUCGCUGCUACUCCACCGGAUUCUACCGAACCCCACCUGGGCCCACCGGGAUCCCUUUUCAGUCAGGAGGUGUUGAGGGACGAGAAUGUGCGAUGGGCGUUGCACGAGUGCAAGUCGUAUGGGUGUGUGAAUACGCGGGAGAAAGGGGAGUGCAGGAAUUGUUUCAACAUGAGUCUGGAGGAGAAGCGGUGGCAGAAGCCGUACCUGGGCACCGUACCUAUGGCGCAGGUCUGGCAGCUCAAGCCUCCGGGUUCGCUUCGGAUAGGCCUCGACGUGGGUGGAGGUUCGGGGAGUUUUGCAGCCCACAUGGCUCGUUACAACGUAACCAUCCUUACAACUUCAAUGAAUAAGGAAUUCAUUGAGGGUGUAGAUGGGGGCCUGCCUUAUAUGGAGACUAUUGCUUUAAGGGGGUUGGUGCCGCUCCACGUCCCACUUAAAGCCCGGCAGCCGUUUUUCGACAACACUCUCGAUAUAAUACACUCGGCUCAAAGCGUCCGUUACUUCUCGGUCUUGGAGCUGGAGGAGCUGAUGUUUGAGUGGCACCGGAUACUCCGGCCGGGCGGCAUUAUUUGGAUUGAGCUGCUGACGGCGCCGAAAAGCAAGAUGAAGCAGUAUGUAGUGGUGAUUAAUAUGUUCAAGUAUAAGCAGCUGUACUGGGAUAUAUCGCCGGUGGAGGACCCUAGGAAGAGCAAGAGCCAUGAAUACUUGAACUGUGUGCUGGAAAAGCCCAGGAAGUCGUAGUUGCAAUUGUACCGUAUUCCCUCGUAUAAAACACCCUAUGGUGUUAAUAAAAAUGCAAGGAAAUU